UAGAGUACAAAAGAAGCAUGCAAACCAACGUUCAAGCUGACACAGGCUUCCUUCCCGAGGGGAGUUCUCCUCAAAUGUAAAUGUCGGUUCUAUUUUGGAUGUCGCGCUUGUGUGCAGAUUUAAUGCAAUUACAAGCAACGUUGGAGGGGAUGUAAGGGGAGGUCAAGGCGGAAUAGGGAGGUCAACAAGUUUGGGUAUCUAGGAUGCAAGAAAGACGACCGCAUGAUGGAUAGAAGAUUUGGAUCAGAGGCAGAUCAGAGUAAGACAGAUAAGGUUGCGAACAAUUGUCCACGAAAUUUCCCACUGUUUCUGAAAUUUGAAUGUAUGCGGGUGCCUCUGCGACGCCCGUACUUCGUCUAUAAAUUCUGAAGCCUUGUGUUUUUCUCCUGAGUUCACUGCUCCCGUUUGGCACGGCGCUCUCCAGACCAUGGAAUCGUUCGAGGAGCUGCGAAUGGAGUUCCACCUUUCUGCAUGACUUCUGCAAAGCACUUCACACUGGUGUGUGCUAUGUCCUAAACGCACGGCUUCCAUUGUACAUAUUUGGGUGGCUGUCGAAGAUGGGAAACCGCAUGAUAACAUGCUACAAAGGGAGCUCAAAGGUAGUGGUGAUAUUGGCGGAUGGAAGGGUAGAAGAGUAUAUGAAACCCGUGAGAGUGUCUGCCGUGUUGCAGCGACAUCCGAGGCAUGUUGUGGUUAAGGCGGGACCUCGUUACAGAAGAAACAAACACAGCAAGGGCUGGCUUAUGGGACCCGAUCAGAUGCUGAAGUGCAAGCAGCAGUACCUAGUGCUGCCAGUGCAAUCAGGAGGUCUAACCUCCACUGUCUUGCAGUCCGUCCCAAUGAGGACUAAGAGGAAGAGGUACAAGGCGAAGAGAAAUAUGAGCAGACUCUUCUCUUCUGAUUCGCUGUAUUCUUCUUCAGCAUUCAGCCAACAAGAGGAGCAAGAGUCCAACGCGUCUCUGUUGGACUCAAUGCUCAAGGAUUAUAACCAGACUGCUUCAGGAAAAACUUAUUUAUCUUCAGUAGGGCUGAGCACGCCCAACCCUUGGCACAAGGAUUUCGAGUGGCGACCGUCUCUCGACACUAUCCCUGAGAUGCCAUGGCCUGCUGUCGCCAUUCAUGGUUAUUAUCCAUGAGACCAGACAUGAAAGUACGACUGCAACAUAAGUAUUGGAUUGCAUCCGAAGAACAGCUCACUCUGCAAUCGACCACUUGCAACAUGUAGAUAGAAAUCCAAUAUACUUGCUUCUGUGGGUGUAUGAUUGCAGCUGUAAAAUAUGAUGUCUUUUAUUACAAUCAUCUUCCAUUAGCGUGGCUUUGAUUUCGAAAAGAUAUUCUUGAGGUGAAUCCACUUAUCUGCUUGAAGUAUUUUAGAAAGUAAUUUCAAGUGAAAGUUACCGUAUCAGUGUCGACCAUGUGGGAUUGCUCCAAGCUAAGAUGUUGCAUUAUACAGUCCGAAGAAAGGCAAAAGUUUCCUGCUGUGAUCUAAUCAAUAUGAGUUUUCC